CCCAGUUGUGGGCCUGAGUUGCCCUCCCGUGGGCCAUUCCUUUCAUUUUAUUUUUUCUGACUUCGGUGCCAUUUGCUGAAUAGUCGUCGCCCGAGGCUGCAGCCAGGCUUUGACGAAGCCAUACCUGGGCAGGCUUCCUGUGACUCAGAGAUCCGAAGCUUUUACGAGGCCGGAAAGGAAAAGAGAAAUGGACGAGGUGAUGACGGUAGCAGAUUCGAGCGGCACCGGAGCGACGUCGUUUGCGUCGUCUCCUUCCUCUAACCUGCUUCCUAGCAACCUCCCUCUCGUCACGGCCUUCCUCGCCUUCGCUCUUGCUCAGUUUCUCAAACUCUUCACCAAUUGGUUUAAAGAAAGGAGAUGGGAUUCUAAGAGGAUGAUUGAUUCAGGUGGUAUGCCAUCAUCACACUCUGCCACUGUGACAGCUCUUGCAGUUGCUAUAGGUCUACAGGAUGGGACAGGAGGACCAGCUUUUGCAAUUGCAGUUGUCUUGGCAUGUGUUGUGAUGUAUGAUGCCUCAGGUGUCCGACUUCAUGCUGGUCGUCAAGCUGAAUUGCUGAAUCAAAUUGUGUGUGAGUUUCCUCCUGAACAUCCAUUAUCUAGCGUGAGGCCUCUGCGUGAAUUACUUGGGCAUACUCCCCUCCAGGUUGUUGCGGGUGCUUUAUUGGGAUUCAUAGUAGCUUUUCUGAUGCGGAAUUCUGGUUAGGAUGUUACAUAAACAACAUUGAUUCUUUCUUUUCAGUAAUGGGAUGGAGUACACAUCAGUCUUAACAAAAGAUUGGAAGAAAGAGCUGGUGUCAAACUUAAAGUUUCUAUUGUUGAAACCGUGUAAAGUGGAACUGAUUUCUGUUAACCGUGGACAUCACUUAUAUACUAUAUCUUUCACAAUUUGGAUUGUAUAGCUUUGCCAAUUCUUAGGAUGAAUAUAGUAAUGAAUAUCCUCCCAGACUUAUUCAUUCACUUGUUACACUGAUAGGUGUUUGCACCUGAUAUGUCUCCUAUGAAAGCUGCUGCAAGUUUUAUCAAAAUAUUUGCAUGGCAAA